AAUUGGCCGUCGCUAAGCAACGCCUUAAACAACAGGUAGUUAAUCGAGGCUAAACAGUUAGCGUUAGCUAAGAGGGAUAUAUGAUUAUAAUAUAACAGCUGUGAAAUAAAUGUAUCUUUAAAAUAAUGGACCGAGAGCUGAAUGAGGAGGAACUGCAGGACUUGUACGCCUGGAUAGAUAAAAUACCACUUUCGCGGCCCAAGAGACACAUCACACGGGACUUCAGCGAUGGAGUGAUGGCUGCGGAGGUUGUGAAAUAUUAUUUCCCCAAACUUGUUGAUUUGCACAACUAUGUUCCUGCAAGUGGUACGCCACAGAAGCUCAGCAACUGGGUUCUUCUAAACAGGAAGGUAUUUUGCAAGCUGAACUUUCAGGUGACAGAUGACACAGUGAACAAGAUCGUGCUGAACACCCCAGGAGCCAUAGAGCCUAUUCUGAGCAACCUCAAGGAGAAAAUAGAGCAAAGACCAAAGCAGUCAAACAAUACAUUGGAUUUGGAGUAUUAUAACACCCAGAAUCAGGAGAAAGUCUAUGAGGGAAAAGAUCUGAAAAAUGGUGUGGGUGCUCAACUAAAUAAGGAAGAAAAGGGGAAACAAAAAAAGGGCAAAGAGCAGCCAAAGAUGAAUUUGAAUGUCCUGGACAGUGAUGUGCGACAAAUGGUGCAGGAGAAGGACAAGGAGGUGCUGUCUUUGAGGGAGACUGUGGAGAUUUUGCAAGUAAAGGUGAGCAAGUUGGAGCAUUUGGUUCGACUGAAGGACUUACGGAUUGAAGAGCUCACACGCCAUUUGGACACAUACAAAGCUAAAGGAAGUAACCCCAAGUAA